AUGGCAGCCGUUCUAGCAUCUCUGCUUGGAUCAUGUGCCAAUAAGUUGAAAGAUAUCAUUAUUGAUGAGGCCAUACUAAUCUUAGGGGUGGAAAAGGAGCUCGCAGAAGUGCUGCGACGAGUAGAACUAAUACAGUGUUGCAUAUAUGAUGCUGAGAAAAGGAGGACAAAAGAGCAAGCAGUAAACAAUUGGCUUGGUCAACUGAGAGAUGUUAUAUAUGAUGUUGAUGAAAUCUUGGAUGUGGCUAGAUGUAAAGGAAGCAAGCUACUUGCUGACCACCCUUCACCAUCAUCAGGCAAAUCAGUUGCAUGUAAAGGCCUUUCAGUUUCCUCUUGUUUUUGCAACAUAGUGCCAUGCCGUGAUGUUGCUGUUCGGAUUAGAAGCCUGAACAAAAAGAUUGAGAGCAUUGCAAAUGACAAGAUAUUUUUGACUUUCAACAGUGGUACACAACCUACUCGAAAUGGUCCAACAUCCAAACUGAUAAGAAGUUCCAAUCUUGUUGAGCCCAACCUUGUGGGGAAGGAGAUCAUACAUUCUAGCAGGAAGUUGGUGGACUUAGUGCUUGCACACAAGGAAUACAAGUCUUACAAGCUCGGUAUCGUUGGAACUGGAGGAGUUGGUAAGACAACACUAGCUCAAAAUAUAUACAAUGAUCUGAAAAUAAAAGGAAGCUUCAAGAUGCAUGCAUGGAUUUCUGUUUCGCAAGACUACACUGAAGUAACUCUUUUGAAAGAGGUCCUCCGGAAUAUUGGUGUGCAUAGUGAGCAAGGUGAAAGCAUAACAGAACUUCAGAGAAAGCUUAGAGAAACAAUUAAAGGUGAGAGUUUCUUUACCGUUCUGGAUGAUGUGUGGCAUUCCAAUGUAUGGACAGACUUACUAAGACCUGCGUUUCCUGAAACAACUGCGGGAAUAAUAUUAGUAACCACACGAGAUGAUCAAAUUACAAAGAGAAUAGGUGUAGACCAUACCCAUCCAGUUGAUCUCAUGGCAGUAGAGGUGGGAUGGGAGCUACUUUGGAAGAGCAUGAACAUCAAGGAAGAAAAGGAAGUGCAUAAUUUAAGAAAAACAGGGAUUGAGAUUGUUCAUAAAUGUGGUCGCCUCCCUCUUGCAAUCAAGGUUACCGCUAGUGCUUUGUCAAGUAGAGAACUAACAGAGAAUGAGUGGAAAAGGUAUUUGGGUAGAUUUAUUGGCUCUCAGAGCAUCCUCUUGGAUGAAAUAGAAGAAGCUUUGUAUCUAAGCUAUGAUGAGUUACCACAUCGUUUGAAGCAGUGUUUCCUUUAUUGUGCUUUGUAUGUUGAAGAUUCUGUCAUUGAACGUGAUGAAGUUACUUGGUUGUGGAUUGCUGAAGGCUUCAUCGAGGAGCAGCAAGGUCAACUAAUAGAAGACAUAGCAGAAGAGUACUAUUAUGAGCUAAUUCAUCGAAAUCUCCUCGAGCCAGAAAUGAUAAGUUUUGACCAAGCUAAAUGCAGAAUGCAUGACCUCUUAAGACAACUUGCUUGUAAUAUAUCAAGAGAAGAAUGUUUUAUUGGAGAUGUUGAAACAUUAAGGGGUGGAAAUAUGUCAAAAAUUAGACGUGUUACUGCUGUCAGUAAGAAGGAUAUGUUAGUGUUACCUAGAGUGGAUAAGGUGGAUGUUAAGGUGAGGACUUUCCUAACUGUUAAGGGUCCAUGGAGAAUUGAGGAUACAUUGUUCAAGAGAUUUCUGCUUCUUCGUGUUUUGGUACUGAAUUACACAUUUGUACAAAGCAUUCCAGGCUAUAUAGGAAAAUUGAUACAUCUACGUCUACUUAAUCUGGAUUAUACUAGCAUAUCUUGUCUUCCGAAAUCCAUUGGCUCCCUAAAGAACCUUCAAGUACUGAGCUUGAGAUGGUGUGAUUAUCUGCACAGUCUUCCUUUGGCAAUGACGUUGUUGUGCAGUUUAAGAUGCCUUGAUCUUUUUGGCACAGAAAUAAAUCAGGUUCCAAAAGGCAUGGGGAAACUGAAGCUCCUCACUUAUUUGGAGAUUAUCCUGUUGGUGAUGGAAGUGAUAAUGCUGUUAUACAAGAUGGAUGGAAGUUGGAAGAGUUGUCUCCUUUGUCGCAUAUGA